GGAAAAAAAAAAAAAAAAAUUCGAUUCCCUGAUAUUUUCUGGUGCUUCGCUUUGCUUUGCUUUUUCUCUUCACAAAAUAUUAUUCGAUUCCUUUUUUUCCCUUUUUACGCUCUCUGCAAAUCUAUCAUCGUUCCCAUCGCUGUAUCCUCCAAAUCUUCGCUUCAAAACCAAAAGCUCUUCCCUUGAUUCAAACAUCUCUCUCUCUCUCUCUUCCCAAGAGUUGUUGUUUUGGUACAGAUGUUUUGAUUUUUCUGGAAAAAAAAUCAAGUUUUUUUAAAGAGCUAUGGAAGAGGAGAAUGUUACUAGUUCACCUUCUACACAAGUUCCUAGGAUUAGGCAUCGAAGACGUUCUAAUGAGGCUGUUGUUGAUGGUGAUAGAGUGAAUGCGAGCCCUUUGUUGGUUAAUGAUCGAAAUAAGUACAAAUCUUUCAUGGUCAGGACUUACUCUACGUUAUGGAUGAUUGGUGGUUUUGUUUUGGUUGUCUACAUGGGACAUCUCUAUAUCACAGCUAUGGUUGUUGUUAUUCAAAUCUUUAUGGCUAAAGAGUUGUUUAAUCUGCUGAGGAAAGCACCCGAAGAUAAAUGUCUCCCCUAUAUUAAACAGCUCAAUUGGCACUUCUUUUUCACUGCCAUGCUUUUUGUAUAUGGUCGGAUCCUUAGUCAACGAUUAGCCAAUACAAUGACUGCAGAUCAGUUCUUUUAUCGGCUAGUCAGCGGCUUAAUCAAAUACCAUAUGGCCAUCUGUUACUCCUUGUAUAUUAUAGGUUUCAUGUGGUUCAUUCUGACAUUAAAAAAGAAGAUGUACAAGUACCAGUUUGGACAGUAUGCAUGGACCCACAUGAUUUUGAUAGUCGUGUUUACUCAAUCAUCGUUCACUGUUGCCAACAUAUUUGAAGGGAUCUUCUGGUUUCUUCUUCCAGCGUCUUUAAUUAUAAUCAACGACAUCUUUGCUUACAUUUUCGGUUUCUUCUUUGGAAGAACACCCUUGAUAAAGCUAUCUCCAAAGAAGACAUGGGAGGGAUUCAUUGGAGCCUCUGUGACAACUAUCAUCUCUGCAUUUGUUCUUGCAAAUAUUUUGGGUCGUUUCCCAUGGUUGACAUGUCCACGAGAGGAUUUAUCCACUGGGUGGCUACAAUGUGACGCUGAUCCAUUGUUCAAACCUGAACCGUUUGCUUUACCUUCGUGGAUUCCAGAAUGGUUUCCUUGGAAAGAAAUGACGAUCCUCCCUGUUCAAUGGCAUGCUUUAUGUCAUGGUUUGUUUGCUUCAAUCAUAGCACCUUUUGGAGGGUUUUUCGCUAGCGGAUUUAAGAGAGCAUUCAAAAUCAAGGACUUUGGUGAUAGUAUUCCAGGACAUGGUGGAAUCACAGAUAGAAUGGACUGUCAGAUGGUUAUGGCAGUAUUCGCUUACAUAUACCUCCAGUCAUUUAUAGUCUCCCAAAGCGUUUCGGUUGACAAAAUCUUGGACCAGAUAUUGACGAACCUUACCUUCGAGGAACAACAAGCUCUCUUCAUGAAAUUAGGGCAAAUGAUGAAGGACAAGCUUCAAUAGUUUCCACUACCAAAACUGUUUUUUUUUCCUUUCCUUCCAGAUUCAGAUUCAGAUUCUCCAAGAAGCAGGUUCUAUAUAACUCUGGAAUAUCCCUUUUUAUCAAAUUCCUUAGUAGAAGACAAUAAAAUUAAAAUUGGUUAAGAUUUGUUCUCUGCCAUUGUAAAUUUCUCUUGACAUUUGUUGAAAAUUAGAAAGCUCUUUUUUUAAGUCUUCUCAUUUGAUACAAUAGGGUAUGAAAGGGAAGUUGUAUCUACUAUCUCUUCUAUCUACUUAACUUGUAGCUUUGUUGGUUUCAUUUGUAUUUUGUAUAUUGGUUCAAUUCAAACAUUAUUUGGUUUGCUUGUCUCA